CACACACACGCACACACAUUUGUAGUUUCGGCCAGGCAGGCUAUUGUUGGAGAGCUCGAAACAUUGUUCAUAUCAUUUAUUUCUAUUCAAAUUUGAGCGGCUAAAACGUUAAGAUAACGAUUUCAUAUUCUCCCCAUCAAAAUUACAUAUUUAUUUAUUUUUUUUUUUUUUUUGGAGUAUUUCACUAGUUUUUAUACAACUGCUAUUGCUGCUGUUGAUCUUUUUGUUUUUUUAUUUCGCCUGCCAUGCACAGCCUGCCUUUAGUAUUUGCCCGUCAGUUGAAUCCGGGCGUCGUUCUGACCCAAGAGCUCAGCAUGAAAAUCUUCAAGUAUGAAACGUUGAAACGUGAACGAUCUCAACUGGAUGAUGAAAUUGUACAAAUACGCAAGAAACAAGAUAACAUUGAAAACAAUCUAGCCGAAGCAUUGGCCGAAGAUGAAUUCCAACGCUGUCAGCAGGGUGAACUUUUGGGCGAACCCAAUGAGCAAGAGCUGCUUGAGAUAUUCAAGCAACACCUCGGUCGCAUCAUUGAUAAGCUGGCCACCAAAUACGAGCGCAAAAUCUAUCUAGAGAUGGACUUGCAAAAGAUGAAGACGACGAUUGAGAAGGAGAUUGUGGCAGUCAAUGAAGAGACAGCUGCUGCAAAUAAGGAAUAAAACUAAAUAGAUUUUACAAAUUUUAGUUGCAUUUUCACGAAAACAACUACAGACCAAGCUUGAAUACUUGUACCUUAUUUCACAUUGUUAUUUGCAAUUUGUAAAUUCUGUUUGUGUUUAAAGCUACACUUCUUCUGCUACCACUGUGUAGUAUUGUAUCGGAUGCUGCCCCUACUCUGUCUGUAAUGCGUGUGCACAAAAAAACAAAA